AUGUUUAUGGAGACAUUAAUUCUGAACCUAACUCCUAAGAUUCCCCAAGACCGAGUCCAGUAUAACCACACAAGCUACACGAACACAGUGGAAUACUUUAGGUCAGAAUGUCAAGUCAAUUUGUAUGAAGAAAUCCAGUCUGGCGUCACCACAUUUCACGUCAACUUAUAUCCUAAAGUAACUGGAGAAAAGUCGGAUGCAGCAUAUGGUGUAAACAUUACAGUAGCAUUAUUACACAACACUAAAGGUUUAAAGACUUGGGAAACUAUAGCGAUAUCUACAGGGCUGUCUGCUUUCUGUAUUAUAGCACUGAUAGGAGUUUUUAAAUUUAAAUGUAUACCCUUUGUUUGUAGGAUGUAAGUACAGUUUUAAUAAAAAAAUUUCAUAGCAAUGCAAUU